ACAGACGGACGGACGCAGAGUCCAUUUUCUGUAAGCAGCUGAUAACAGCCUUCACUUUGUGAUUUUUCAACCUCUCUGCUGAUGUUAACUUUAUUAUCAUAAGGUUGGAAAUAUGUGUUCGCUCAAACACCGUGGCAUCAGGUGUCAGGGUUAAAUAAAGUUAUCUGGCGGUGAUUUUUAAAUUCAAUCUGUUGAUAUGAUCUGACGUUUCUCUCAUAUGUGAGAAAUGUCAGAUGCUCCUCGUGGAUGUAGCAAUGACACCUCGCUCCCCACUUGCUAUGAGGAGUCAGCGGGUCCACUUGCUAUUAUCAUCAUCCCGAGUCUGUUGGCUCUGAGCACAGUUUUAGGAGUGGCUCUGAUUUUCUGCAGUCUCCAUAAAAACAAACAAAGACGGCAGAGCACCUCAGCUCAUUUAACAAAUGGCCAGCAGAGUGUAUCCCCGACAGCAGCGUCUGUGAGCGCUCCAAAGGUCCAGGCAGCUUUGUGUCCCUGGGAGAUCCCUGAAGAGUGCGCUCUGGAGGGACUGGAGUUUUGGCAGUCAGGUCGCCAUGGACCAAUUUGUAAAGGUCUGCUGAAGAAGAGAGACGGAGCCACCUCUGCUGUGGUGGUUAAGUCCCUCCGAGAUGGUUCCAACAAGCCUGAGGUUAAGGAGUUUGUGGACUGGGUCCUCUUCCACGCCAGAGUGUGUAAACAUGAAAAUGUGGUGCGGAUGUUGCACUGUCAGAUCCAGCGUCUGCCCAUGUAUCUGGUCUUAGACGCCUACAGCCCCGGGAACCUCCUUCGCUUCCUCUGGAUGCUCAGAAAUAAGAAUUCAAACGCUGCUGAUCCAUCGGUGAACUUCUCUGAGAGGUCAGUGUUUCUGGUGGCGAAGCAGGUCGCUGCAGGCCUGGAUUACCUGAUGUCCGAGCACAGGCUGGUGCAUGGUGAUGUUGCUGCUAGGAACAUCUUAAUUGGCCCGGGCCUCUCAGCGCGGGUGUCUGGGCUGGGCAUGGCAUUUGGAGGACGCAGAAUGGAUCCACCAAUUAGGCAGAGGGCAGCAGAGGUGCCUCUCAAAUGGCAGGCUCCGGAGAGGAUCAUGAUGCAGCUCAGUAUCGACAGGAGCGACGUGUGGUCAUUUGGAAUCUUAUUGUAUGAACUGAUUACAUUAGGCUCUCCUCCGUACCCUGAGCUGGAGCCUCUGUCUGUGCUUCCAAAGCUACAGGGCUCAUAUCGAAUGAAGAGACCACAACAUUGUGGGGGACCUUUGUAUGACCUCAUGAAAUACUGCUGGAUGUGGAGUUUCAAAGACCGCCCUGCUUUCUCGGCCAUCAUGAAACUGUUGGACGCCUCGCAGCAUCUCGCCGUUACUAAAGACAUUUGUGUUCCUGAGGUCAUAGAUGUAUCUGAGUAUAACAGAAAUGCAGGUCUGCUCUCAUAGGCUCAUGUGCUUUCAAAUGUAAAAAUGCAACACCAAAUUUAAAUAGGAAACAACAUAUAAACUGUGAUUAAGAUUGUAAAAUCCACUGCCGAAUGUCUGCCAUAAAUUUUACAUAGUAAGGGAGAAAGGGAUUGGUCAUCACACUUUUUACUUUCAUUUAAAUCCCACAAAAAAUUAUAUCAUUAAUAUCCUUUCAAUGAUUAAUGUAAGCCUAAAAUGUCAGGUAAGAAUGGAGUCAUCUUACUCUCCUAAAGCUUAUUCUGUUCAAAAGAUAGGGACUGUUAAAUACGUCUUGUGCAGCUGUGACAACUGUAAUAUUGUGGGGUGUAACACACAAUGGAAGCAAUCUUAAAAAUUAACUUAAGAAAUUUAAUUUCAUUGAAAAAUGUCACUGAAAUUCAAAUCCCCUGCUGUUAAAACCCCAUUUAAAAACAGCUCAUUCUGGCAACUGGUCUUAGUUGGUUUUAGCUUGCUGAAGAUGGUCUUAGAUGUCCCUGACCCACUUUUUGCUGGUCUUGAUGGUUCAGUUGGUUUGGCCAACAACUGGACAUGCUGGUAUUUUACAGUUUUACAGGAAUUCCAAUGGAUAAACCAGCUAGAGUACCCGUCACAAGCUGGUAUGACCAGCUAAACCACCAAAAACUAUGCAAAAACAUACCUUUAGCUGGUCAAACAAGCUAGCCAACCAGCUUAACCAUACUGAGCUGGUCAGGCUGGGUUUUUUCAGCAGGGACCUAACACUUCACCCAACUGAGAUAUAACCAAGAACCCCAAUACUUUUAGUGAAUUUUUAAUCUUUAUACAUUAUUAUAAUGAAUAAAAAAAUGAGCAAUACAUGUGACAACCAACCCCACAAAGAAUGUGACCAGCAUCCCCAACUGAGAUUUUUUUGCAAGCAGAUAAACUAACAACAUGUUGUAGCCUAGCUAAGAAAAAAUACAUCUAAGCUAUAGCUUACUUUCUUACUUUUUAAUGAUUAAAGUCAUCUCACCUCAGUGUGAAGUGUUUUACUCCUGAAAUGAUCCUGUAGGUGACCUCUAACCCCAAAAUGUCAGUGCCAACUUUUCUUAAGAGCGCCCUCUAGGGAGUGAAAUCCAAUUAAUGUGACAACUAAGUAGGAACCUCUGAGCUGAAACAUGAAGCCAAUGUGGAGUUGUAAGACCCCCACAGACCCCCAUGUUAAAAUGACCAACUUUACAGCACAAAUAAACAUGUUUACAGCCUGGCACAAAAAAAGUAAAGAUUUUAGUUACUAUAUAGCAAAUUUCAACAUUGAUGACAAGCAUACAGGGGGUGAAUUUUUAUGGCCCAAAGUUACUCAUAUUUCAGGCGAGGUCACUUGAGUGACAGGCUGUCUAUGAGGUGUCGCUACCAGUCAUUGCAGUCUGUGAGUCAAAUCCACAGCUCCAAAUUUUCAACCAAAUAUGGUCACUUCUGGCUCCAAAAAUCAAGAUGGCAACAGCCAAAAUGUUGAACUCAAGGAUAUAAAACCAGUGGGUGUCAUCACGGUAGCAACAUCCAUUAUUUAUACUGUUUGUUGUGACAACCAACCCCUAUGUUUAGGCCUAUAUCUUAACAGUUUUACUGUCAAACGUAAGUGAGAUGAUGAACUAAUGAGACUGAUAGCAAGCCAUUUAAUUCUUAAUUCUUUAUUGCCAAAAAUAUAUAGACAGUAAAUGUAA